AAAAUCCCCCCCGAAUCCGACAAUUGAACUAUCUCGAGAGUCCCUUGUGGGCUCUCCUGCCUGCCUGCCUCUGCUUGCAAGCUGCAGAGACUUCCUGGAAAAGGACCCGAACAGGAAGAGAGGCUGAAAAAGUGACACGUGGACUUGGGGUUUCUUGCAAAGAGGAGGAAUCUGCAAAUUUCUACACCGCUGCGGAGGUUGGUUGGAGAGAGAUAGAUUGCCUUGAGCUGUCAACCCGACUUCACUUAUAGCCUGACCCCAGAAGAAGGGGAUGUUUUGCUCUGGGGUCUCUUCUUCUACCUCCUUUUGAAACAAGUCAACACAGCAUCCCAUCUUUUUGCAGCCAGCAAAGCAUCUAGAGGAGGCUGGAAACUUUCAACUCAUUCCUUUUGCAAUCCCUUGUAUUUGGGUUGUUGACAGAUUCAGGUAGGACAAGAAGAACUUUUGGAUCUUGCAUUUCUUCACCUGUUUUUAGAAAAACUGAAAGUUGGAUGGCUUUGGGUGUCAGCAAGAAUGGAGCACAGGUGUAUGGUGCCGACUUGCUGUCUCUCCACCAUCACAAGUAUCAGCAGAUCCAGCCCCUUCGGUGUGGCCAUUAUCCACAUCAUGAGGACAGCGCGAGAAAGGAUGGGGUUCCUGACACUUUUUGGUCCAGGCCCGAAUCUCGAAUAUGGACCUUGACGCUUCUGCUUGGAACCUGCUUGCUCUACUGCACACGGGUCACGAUGCCCAUCUGUGUAGUGGCCAUGAGUGCCCACUUUGGCUGGGACAAGAAACAAUCUGGCAUUGUCCUGAGCAGCUUUUUCUGGGGCUACUGUGUGACUCAGAUCAUUGGAGGACACCUGAGUGAUAGGAUAGGAGGAGAGAAAGUUCUCCUCCUUUCUGCAACAGCCUGGGGGUGCAUUACUGCCAUCACCCCUCUUUUCAUCUAUGUUGGCUCUGCUCACCUGGUCCUUAUGACCUUCUCCCGGUUCUUCAUGGGGCUGUUUCAAGGGGUUCAUUUUCCUGCCUUGGCUAGCCUGUUUUCCCGGAAGGUGCGGGAAAAUGAAAGAGCGUUUACAUAUAGCACUGUCGGAACUGGAUCACAGUUUGGGACUCUGGUGAUGGGUGCUGCAGGUUCUCUCCUUCUUGACUGGUAUGGAUGGGAAACGGUCUUCUACUUUUCAGGAUUGCUAACCUUGCUCUGGGUAUACUGCAUGUGCAAAUACCUGUUGAAUGAGAAAGAAAUCAUCAUCCCUUUAGAAGACCUAGUGAAAGGCCUCUCCUUAUCCAAACAGACCAAAGUGCCUUGGAAACAAAUAUUUAAAAAGGCCCCAGUAUGGGCAGUGAUUGUGUCCCAGCUGUGUGCGGCUAGCACCUUCUUCACGCUCCUCUCCUGGCUUCCCACGUUCUUCACAGAAACCUUUCCUGACUCAAAAGGCUGGAUAUUUAAUGUCGUUCCAUGGCUUGUGGCGAUUCCAACAAGCUUGUUCAGUGGAUUUCUUUCUGACCAGUGUAUCAAUCAAGGAUAUAAACCAAUCACCAUUCGCAAGUUUAUGCAGAUUGUUGGGUUAGGAAUAUCCGGCAUAUUUGCCUUGGGCAUUGGUUACACAUCCAGUUUUUGCCAAGCAGUGGUGUUUGCAUCCGCCUGCAUUGGAUUUCAGACCUUCAAUCACAGUGGCAUCUCAGUCAAUAUACAGGAUCUGGCUCCUUCGUGUGCUGGUCUAUUGUUUGGUGUGGCUAAUACUGGUGGAGCUUUAUUGGGUGUGGUUUGUGUAUACUUGGCUGGACAUUUGAUUGAAAGCACUGGCUCCUGGGUGUCUGUUUUCAAUCUCGUGGCAACAGUGAAUGCCGUUGGACUCUGCACUUUCCUCAUCUUUGGAAAAGCUCACAGAGUGGACACAGACGCUGUCUAUGUAGAUUUGUAAGCUUUCCCCUGGGCAAAAUCCAGGAAAGUUUUGGACUGAUAUUACAGAACUUCAGCUGAAUACCAAAAAAACAACUUGUUGGUUGUGCAAUGAAGAGAAGCCAUAUGCUAACUUAUUGAUUUUAGGGGUAAAUUCUCUGCCAUUUUCAACUCCUAUUUCUUUUGUGUGUGUUUCAGCCAUUUUGCUGCUGACCUGCAAGAUGGUAAUAUUAGAACUCGCCUUCAAUUCCAAUGGAACAAUGUUUAAAUUUCAGGCAAAUACAGAAGAGGCCACAAUGAUUGUUGCAGAUAAUUUCCAAAAGGCUUGGCAGUGGGAGCAACACCGAGGGCCAAAUUAUCUCAAUGGAGAGGGAGGAUAAAAUAGACAAAUCCGCUUUCUGUAACUGGUAUGGUGGCCCUGCAGAUUUCAGCCAAAGAAUGGCGAAAUUGUAGGUUUCUUUUCAGGAUCCCUCCAGAAUCAGACUGACAAAAAAUGUGUAAUUUAAACAAUAGUAAAAUGAUAAAGUUCACUCUUUCUGGCAAAGGUGGAAAAAAACAAGGAAUGAGAUUUAAAUUAUUACAACAGGAUAAGAAACGUGGAGGUUUUUGUUUACUGGAUUUUCAACUUUACUAUGCUGGUUGCAGUUUAGGAAGAUUGAAAGGAAGUUACAAUCUAGAUAGCAAAGCAUUGCUACAGUUGGAGUACUUAGAUUUAAGAUUUGGAUUGUCAUGGGUAUAUGUGGUAUGAAAAGAACAAAGUAAAUUCUG